CCCUCCCGUCCAAGUUUCGAGGCGGGGCUUGGCCUUGCCGGAAGCGAGCGUCUCUAUGGUGACGGCGGCCGGAACCGGAAGUGGACCCUAAAGGGACAAGAGAGGAGAGCUGAGGGAAGCAAGAUGGAGAUGAAGCGGCUGAGCGUCUCGCUGGUGGCGCUCCUCUUCCUCGUCCUGGCCCUGCAGAUCUUGUCGGCCAUUGAUUUCGACCCCUACCGGAUCCUGGGGGUCAGCCGGACGGCCAGCCAGGCCGAGAUCAAGAAGGCCUACAAGAAGCUCGCCCGGGAAUGGCAUCCCGACAAAAACAAGGACCCUGGAGCGGAAGAUAAGUUCAUCCAGAUUAGCAAAGCGUACGAGAUCCUGUCCAACGAGGAGAAGCGACUGAGCUUUGACCGCUACGGGGACGUGGGCGAGGGUCCGGGUUCUGCGCAGUCCCCGCACCAGCCUCCGCCCCGCCACUUCCACCACUUCCACGACAGCUUCUACUUCGACGAGUCCUUCUUCCACUUCCCCUUCAACGCAGAGCGGCGGGAGUCCUCCUCCGACGAGAAGCACCUGCUCCACUUGGCCCUCUACGCCAACGAGGUGGUGCCCGACAGCUUCCACAAGCCCUACCUCAUCAAGAUCACCUCCGACUGGUGCUUCAGCUGCAUCCACAUCGAGCCCGUCUGGAAGGAGGCCGUCCAGGAGCUGGAGGCGCUCGGUGUGGGGAUCGGGGUGGUGCAUGCUGGGUACGAGCGGCGCCUGGCGCACCACCUGGGGGCCCACAGCACCCCCUCCAUCCUAGGAGUCAUCAAUGGGAAGGUGACUUUCUUCCACAAUGCUGUUGUGCGGGAGAAUCUGCGGCAAUUUGUGGAGAGCCUGCUCCCGGGGAACCUGGUCGAGAAGAUUACAGAUAAGAACUAUGCCCAGUUCCUAUCCAACUGGAAAAAGGAGAACAAGCCCCACGUCCUUCUGUUUGACCACAUGCCCCUCGUGCCGCUGCUGUACAAGCUGACGGCCUUUGCCUACCGGGAGUACCUGUCCUUCGGCUACGUCUCGGUGGGCCUCCGGGGGACAGAGGACCUCUCCAGCCAGUACAACAUCAACGUCUACACGCCCACCAUGAUGGUCUUCAAGGAGAAUGUGGAGAAGCCCUCCGACGUCAUCCAGGCCCGGGCCAUGAAGAAGCAGCUCAUCGACGACUUCCUGUCCCAGAACAAGUUCCUGAUGGCGGCCCGCCUCACCAGCCAGAAGCUCUUCCAGGAGCUGUGCCCCUCCAAGAAGUCCCACCGGCAGCGCAAGUACUGCGUGGUGCUGAUCACGGGCGAGGGGCAGAAGUACGAGGCCGGCUACGAAGCCUUCUUGGCCUUUGCCCUGGCCAACACCAAGGACACCCUGAGGUUUGUCCACAUCUACAGCAACUACCAGCAGCAGUUUGUCCACACCUUGCUCCCCAACCAGGAGGGACUCUGGGGGAAGUCGGCGGUGGUCAUCCUGGAGCGGCGCAACGACGUCGGGAGGGUGGCCUACAAGGCCCUGGAAGAUCCCUGGCUCGGAAGUGAAGACGAUCACUUCCUGCUUCUGGAUCUGUUGGGUCAGCUGCGGACAGAGCCGGGCUUCCUCUCUGGCGACGCCGUCCUGAUGGACCUGAACGACGAACUCGCACCCGUUUUCUUCCUGCGAUGGAUCUAUUCCAGCGUUGACUACUUCUCCGACUGCUGGGACAGUCUCUUCCACAGCAACUGGAGAGAAAUGAUGCCUCUCUUGUCCUUGAUUUUCUCGGCCCUCUUCAUCCUCUUCGGGACGGUCAUCGUUCAGGCUUUCAGCGACUCGAGUGACGAGCGGGAUUCUCCUCCGCCCAAGAAGGAAGAGGGUCCUUCCAAGAGCGAGAGGAACGACACCGGUGUCCACAAAGAGAGCAGGAUGCCCAAGAAGGGCUUUGUGGAGGUGACGGAGCUGACGGACAUCACCUACACCAGCAACCUGGUGCGCCUGAGGCCCGGGCACAUGAACGUGGUGCUGGUCCUCUCCAACGCCACCAAGACCCCUCUGCUCCAGAAGUUCGCCCUCGAAGUCUACUCCUUCACCGGGAGCAGCACCCUGCACUUCUCCUUCCUCAACCUGGACAAGCACCGCGAGUGGCUGGAGACGGUGUUGGAGUUCGCCCAGGACGCGGCCCCCAUCCCCAACCAGUACGACAAGCACUUCCUGGAGCGGGACUACGCCGGCCACGUCCUGGCCCUCAACGGCCACAAGAAGUACUUCUGCCUCUUCAAGCCGCGCCGCGGGGAGGAGGGCAGCACUGUCGGCGGCACAGAGCCCCGUCCCGGGGAGGAGGAGCAACCCGACCGGGGCAAGGCGUCCUCUUCCUCCUCCAGCCCGCAGGCCCGGCUCGCCAAGCGGAAACUCAACCGACUUGCCUUGUGGAUGGAGCGGCUCUUAGAGGGCUCCUUGCAGAGGUUCUACCUCCCUUCUUGGCCAGCGCUAGACUGAAGCAUCCAUCGGACGGAUUUAUCGUCGGGCCGACGAGCAAACGGAUAUUUGCUCUCGUCGCGUCCCGGUUUUCGUCCUUUUUAGACAGCUCUAUCGUCGGACUGACGGGCAAAUGGAUACUCGCACUCGUCGCGUUCCGGUUUUCAUCCUUUUUAGACAGCUCUAUUGUCGGGCCAACGAGGAAACAGAUACUAGCUCUCGUUGCGUCCCAAUUUUGGUCCUGUCGAAAAAGGGGCGGUAGCUUUUCAGACAGUUCUAUCAUCGGACCGACGAGCAAAUGGAUACUCGCUCUCGUCACGUCCUGGUUUUCGUCCUUUUUAGACAGCUCUAUCAUUGGGCCGACAAACAAACAGAUACUCGCUCUCGUCGCAUCCCAGUUUUCGUCCUUUUUAGACAGCUCUAUCGUCGGACCAACAGGCAAACGGAUACUCGCUCUCGUUGCAUCCCAAUUUUGGUCCUGUCGAAAAUGGGGCGGUAGAGCUUUUCAGACAGCUCUAUCGUCGGACCGACGAGCAAACGGAUACUCACUCUCGUCUCGUUCCGGUUUUCGUCCUUUUUAGACAGCUCUAUCGUUGGACCGACGGGCAAAAGGAUACUCGCUCUUGUUGCAUCCCAAUUUUCGUCCUGUCCGAAAAGGGGUCGUAGCUUUUUAGAAAGCUCUAUUGUCAGACUGAUGAGCAAACGGAUACUCGCUCUCGUCGCAUCCCGGUCUUCGUCCUUUUUAGACAGCUCUAUCGUUGGACCGACGAGCAAACGGAUACUCGCUCUCGUCGCAUCCCGGUCUUCGUCCUUUUUAGACAGCUCUAUCGUCGGACCGACGGGCAGACGGAUACUCGCUCUCGUCGCGUCCCGGUUUUCAUCCUUUUUAGACAGCUCUGUCGUCGGACCGACGAGUAAACGGAUCUCCGCUCUCAUCGCCUCCUGCCAUCUUCGUGUCGUUGUUUUCUGGGGUGUUUUUCUCACCCUCGUUGCUGCUACCGCAGAACAAUUUUGCGUGGAUUUUAGUUUCGUCCUCUUUUCUUCUGUCUCAGUUCUGUUUGACUCGGAGUUUGGGCAUCUCUUCCCUCGCAUGAAAACCAACCCAUUUCUCGAGACGGCUUAAUAUAAGAGAUGUUUCUCCGCUUUAGCGAAGGGCCUCCUUCGGUGGAUUGCGAGGCCACAAUCCCUCCCACGAAUGCAAUAAAUCCACAUUUUUGGGGAAACCCAAGCCAGCGAAACUCUCCAUUAAGAUGUGUGCGUCCUUUACUUCUAUUUUGGAGCCAUACAAAGCUGCUACGAGCCAAUCAAAAGAAGAGGAAAAACUUUUUAAAAAUUACCCUUCUUAACCUCCGUCCAGAAACUGCCCGUUACGGAUCUUGCGGGCGACGACGAGCCAAAAUGCGCGGUUUUCCUCCUGCCGAAUAUUUUUCCCUUCCGAAUGUAAGCCUUUUUUUUUU